GCCCGAUGGUCCUAAUCUCCAGAAGCUUGCUGAGGACUAUCAGAAAGGUCUUGUUGAGAUUAGAGAAUUUAUGUCUGAAUUUAGGAGUGUCCGUGCUGAGAUGUCUGAAAUUAGAACCAUCCGUGCUGAGAUGUCUGCUUUGUUGAAUUCUUCCCCGCGUGCCUCCAUACGGGGCCCUUGUUCUAGCCGCACAGAUGGAAGGUCAGAGACCCCAGGGACUGAUGUCCUUACCCCGUUGACGAUCGGGUCUUGUAUUCUUCUCAUAUCUCGUGGUUUGGAAAAACGCGUUGUUGGUGAGGGGGUGUUGCUAUCCGACCCUACCCCAGGUGACACUGUUGACAUAGUAAGGGUUUUUGUUACAUCUGCUACUGUUCCGGAGGCUUCGCUUAUUCUACGGACAACCGGAGCACAAACACUCGGUGAGGUUGUCCGCGCCGAGCCAAUCGACUGGACAUUUAAAGAUCUUGUUCGUUGCCCAUAACUACGGUGUACGGCCACUUUGACGGUGCAUGGGGCUAUGCAGCAUGGCACGUGAUUCUAUGAUGAUUGACGUUUGUUUGUGGAUUGAUGCUAACUGAUUCCUUUAUGUUGGUUGAACUUGCUGUCUCUGCUACAUUUUGUGUGUUUGUUGCUACGCUUUGCCAUAUAUGUUAGGCUACAUUGCGAAAUAUUUAUGUUUCCACACAGUGUGUACUUGCUACAACUUACGGUGAUACAGAAUUGCCGUAAUAUUUCCGUAUUUUGUAAUGUCAUUUGGCAGUAGUU